AAAUUUUAAUCAAUAUUGGGAAAGAAAAGGAUGAUGGAACUGUAAAUUCCAAUUCCAUGGACAGGAACACAUUGAAAACGUUGAAAAGUAAUCACACGACCUUAGUUUCCUCAAUCCACAUUCCUCAGUUUGUGCUUAUAAAUCAUUCUCAUAAUCUAAUGUCUCACCCACUUCACUCCCUCCUUUUCAACACGUACCCCAAAACCCUCAAAAAAAAAAAAAAAAAUCAUCUCCAGGCACAAACAAUUUACGCCAACAAGAAGAAAAUAUAAAUUAUUCAUUCAUGGCAGCCCUUCAUUCUAAUCUGUUCCUCUCUUCUUCGUCUUCUUCUUCUGGUUUCCACAGAGAGAUCAAAGCCACUCUCCAUCACCCAAAGCUUCAAACACCUCGCACCUCCUUUCCUAUCAGGGCGUCUGCUGAUCACGAACCAAGUACGCAGAACACUACCUUUCCAACCUUGAAAACGCCAACCCAGAUUCAUGAAAAGCCUAAAAUCAUCACAAGCAAAAGAACUCCCCCAAAAGCUGCACUAGCACAAUCAAAUUCAGUGGCUGUUGCACAGCUUCAUGCAAUCAUGGAAGCCGUGGCAGACAGAGCAGAAAUGCACAACAAUAUAGGAGUCCAAAGAGACAAUUGGAACCGUCUCCUCCUAACUUCCCUGAAUGGAAUGACCACGACGGCUGCAGUCAUGGCGGGGCUCGCAGCUGUUAGUGGGGCCCAAGGAGUUCCCCUUUUGGCUCUGAGGAUCUCCUCUGCUCUGCUUUACACUGCAGCCACUGGGAUCCUAGUGGUGAUGAACAAGAUUCAGCCUUCUCAGCUAGCCGAAGAGCAGCGGAACGCAGCCAGACUCUUCAGACAGCUUCAGGGGCAAUUCCAAACCGCUUUUGCCCUCCGGGCAAGCUCGGUUUCUUCCAGUGAUGUGGAUGAUGCAAUGGAGAAGGUGCUAGCUCUGGACAGGGCUUACCCACUUCCCCUGCUUGGGACAAUGCUUGACAAGUUCCCCAAAACUGUGAAGCCUGCAGUGUGGUGGCCACAGCAUUUGCAGAGGCCUAAAGAAGAAGGUCUAAUUGAGGAGAGAGGCAAUGGGUGGAGUGAUAAGCUUGAAGAGGAGAUGAGGGAGGUGUUUGAAGUUUUGCGGAAGAAGGAUGGUGCAGAGUAUGUGAGGCUGAGCAAGUUAGUCCUGCAGGUGAACAAGGUUUUAGCCCUCUGCAGUCCUCUGCUUACGGGUUUGGCGGCGAUCGGGUCAGGUUUCGCAAGCUUGAGUAAUGGUUGGGCUGUGGGUGUGGGUGUGGUGUUUGGAGUUUUGGGGACUGUGGUGAACGCAUUAGAGCAUGGGGGGCAGGUUGGGAUGGUGUUCGAGAUGUACAGGAGCUCUGCAGGGUUCUUCCAGCUCAUGGAGGACAACAUAGAAGCUAAUUUAGGGGAAAGGGAAGGCAGUAGAAAGGAAAAUGGAGAGGUGUUUGAAAUUGAAGUGGCUCUUCAGUUGGGGAGGAGUGUGUCUGAGCUCAGAAACCUUGCUACUUCAUCUUCAUCUUCAAAUAAUGGAAAGGCUACAGAACAGUUUGCCAGCAAGCUCUUCUGAUCACUGGGAGACCAACGAAGUGAGGCAAAAAGAGAGAAAUAAAAGGGGGAAAGUUAGGUUAUUUCUUUCGGUCAAGCAUCUCUGUCCGAUGAAAUUACUUUAAACAAUUUGUUCCACCAGACAACACGUGAACCCUAUCCGGUGGAACUUUUAUGAGACUCACGAUAUAUAGUUAUUUUACUGGAUUGGAAGCCUCAUUGGAGGACUAAACUAAUCCUCUUGGACGAUCAAAUUUUUCCUCAUGAAAAGUGAUCAAUUCUGGGACGUGUUUAUAUAAAUUUUUUAGAUUUGUAGAAGGAUUAAAGCUUGAACCAGCUAGCUGACACUGGUUCACCAAAUUGGAUCAAUAUAUACCAAUAAUGUUGAAUUUCUUAUUUGCUUCA